AAAGGGUGUGGUUACCACCUGGAUUUGCUAAUUGUUGCCAUCACUAUUGCACUUUGUUCCCUAUUUGGACUACCAUGGUUUGUAGCGGCUACUGUGCUUGCUAUGACUCAUGUUAAUUCUUUGAAGAUGGAAUCAGAAACUGCUGCUCCAGGAGAGAAGCCUCAGUUUCUUGGACACAUCCCUAUGCCUGUGUUGUUUGGAGUCUUCCUAUAUAUGGGUGUUUCAGCCCUGAAAGGCUUACAGUUCUUUGACCGGUUAUUGAUAAUCUUCAUGCCACAGAAGUAUCAACCAGAUUACAUGUUUCUCCGCUAUGUAGAGACGUUACGGGUUCACCUAUUUACGUUCAUCCAAUUGGCCUGCCUAAUUAUUUUAUGGGUUAUUAAAUCCUACAAGCCAACAUCUAUUGCUUUUCCUCUCAUGCUAGUUGUGAUGAUUGGUGUGCGGAAACUUUUGGACUUCGUUUUUACCCAAAGAGAACUAAAAAUUCUGGAUGACGUAAUGCCUGAAUCCACCAAGCGGAAACGAGAGGAUAAAAAGAAGGAAAAAGAAAAACUGAAGAAGGCGGUGAUGGGUAAGGAGUCUUGUAAUAAUUUUGCUAUUCCUCUUGCCAACGGAAGUAUUUUAAAAGUCCCUCUGGUCAAAUUUAAAGAAGACACUGAAUUGUGCAAUCCUGAUAAACCAACCAUCAAGAUUUCUGAACAGUUACCGAAGACGGGGCUUUGGCAGAGCAUUCAGCAGAAAAAAGAAAGUAGGACAACUUGUAUGGAGCCACUGGAAAGUACAAGUUCGAAAACGAGAGGUACGGUGAAGGAUGCUUUAAAUGAUGAUGAACGGAAACGUUUGCCAACAAUGGAAGAGGAAGAAGAAAACAAUGAAGUAGAGGACAGCAGGAUAACAAUCAAAAUUGAAAAAUACGGAAAACCUUCAGUCCACAAUAGUUUAGACUAAAAACAUUUCGAUUAUUUUUGAAUUUAUAAGAGAAAUGAAUGAUUUGAAGUAUUAGGAACUAGCACGAGCGUAUGUAGUCUUUGAUUUGGACACGCUGCUUCAAAAGUAGCACAAAUGUUGAUGUUAUGCACGAAUGAAAAUAAUACAUUAUUCUGCAUAUCUCAUGGCAUUCCAUGCUUGUUACUAAUAUAAGCUGAUGGAAUAUUUUUGUAACCAAGAUGUAACUUCGAGAAUUAUAUAUUUUGUUUUACAGA